AUGGACAGAAGAAUUUGCGAGGGACUCUGCACAAAUCAAGCAGAACACAAAGAAAAAGUCAAAGAGGACUCACAGUGCGUCUUCAUCUGCAGAUCCUUGCUGCAAGACGCCGGGCAUCAUGUAGACAUUUGUCCUUUCGAGCCUCUUUGUCCAAACGGCUGUCCUUGCAGAUUUUUUCGCUGUGUGAAUGUCGACACAAGUGAGUAUCAAGUCAGCUGGUACAACUCCAAUGAUUGGAACAAUUGGUUUUACUGCUCUUUUCAAUCUAAAAAUGAAGAGUCCGUUUUAUUCCCAGAAAUUGGUUUUGAUGAUGAUAACAUUGGAUUUGAUUUUAGUAUGUUCGCAAAAACUCACAGUUUCAUUUAUGAAGGACUAAAUUAUAUCAUCGAUAUCCGCGCUGACGUUCACAAACUGCUUCCAAAUGGCGAUGUGUUGGCUCUCAACCUCGACAGCAGAGCAAUUAGAAGGAUCAAAUCCUCAAAAAACAUCUUUAGGCUGAGAAAUGGUCUCCUCAACAAAUACACAACGACCGGAGUCUACAAAGAUAAUUUAUUCAUAUGUAGCAUCGCUUACUAUGGCCGAGAAGUUUGCUUUCACUCAGAAAUCAAAGUUGGAGCACGAAUUUUUAGAGCUAGAGGAAUUAUCACUCAGACGCACUCAAGAAGAUCUCACAUGGCUUCUUGGGAUGAUCAGCUUCAUAUCUUCAGCGUUGAUCAUGAAUUCGGAGAAAAGAAGAUCCGUUUCAGCACGACCGACAAUCCAAAAUUUGACUGGGAAAAAUGGUCGAUAGAACCCAGAGAUCUUCAUAAAUAUGCCUUUGCACAUGAUCUUCUGGCGAUUCCAGAUCAGUCCGGGGUUGUUUUUGCUAUGUUUGUUGAGCGCAAUUACAUUGACGUCAGUGACUAUGAAACACCAGAAAGAUACAGACUUGGUUUUAUAUGA